GUGUUAGGCGUGUUUGUAUGGCUCCGCGGGAGAUAAACCCUUAAGAGACAGCCAGAGGUGGGCGCGCGCGCGAGAGAGAGAGAGAGAGAGAUAGUGUGUCAAAGCUCACUUCAAAUGGCGUCGGCGACUCUUAUCUCUCCUCCAUUUGCUGCAUCAUCGUCGUCAUCAUCUUAUUCAACUUCCUUCCCGAUCGCAAAGACACCCAUUUUUACUUCCAGCCCUCACCACCACGAAACUGCCUUAUCUUCUUCCCUAUUCUGCCAAAGAAUAUGUAUACUUGGUGCACGAACAAAGACGAGAUCACCGAUGAUCGCCGGAAGACGUCGCUCCGGCGUCAUUUGCUCGGCUUCUUCUGGUCUUCCGCCGGCUCUCCUCUUUGAUUGCGACGGCGUUCUCGUCGAUACGGAGAAGGACGGCCACCGGGUUUCCUUCAACGACACCUUCGCUCAAAGAGAAUUGGGUGUUACCUGGGGUGUGGAUUUGUAUGGUGAGUUGCUUAAGAUUGGAGGAGGAAAAGAAAGACUGACCUUCACUUUAACAACACGGGGAUGGCCUGAAAUGCUCCAAGUGAUGAGAGUCAAAGACAAUAUUCUAGCCUCGAGAAACGGCUUCACCACGCAAAAGACAGAAUUGUUUAUGGCUCUUAUUGAGAAAAAGUUGCUCCCUCUUCGGCCUGGUGUUGCAAAGUUGAUUGAUCAGGCUUUGGCAAAAGGUGUAAAGGUUGCUGUGUGUAGCACAUCUAAUGAGAAGGCGGUAUUCCGCUCUCGCAAUUGUUUCAAUGCUUUAUGGCCUGAACGGAGAAGAAGAUCAGAUUUUGCAGGUGAUGUCGUCGCUCGUAAAAAGCCCGAUCCGGCCAUUUAUCUUCUAGCUGCCAGCACUCUGGGUGUUGAACCUUCAAGUUGUGUUGUGGUAGAGGACAGUGCCAUAGGCCUUGCUGCUGCCAAAGCUGCUGAAAUGAAAUGUAUAGUCACAAAGAGUGGGUAUACAGCCGAUGAGGACUUCUUAAAUGCUGAUGCAGUUUUUGACUGCAUUGGGGAUCCUCCAGAGGAACGGUUUGAUUUGGCAUUCUGUGGAAGCCUUCUUGAGAGGCAAUAUGUUAGCUAGAUGUUAGGGUGUGACAAUGUAAUGGGGAAAAGGGAGAGUGAGAUACUGCUAUAAUUGUAUUCUUCAGGGAUAUAGAAUGAAUAUAUGAAUAUCUGUGUUAUCGCUUGUAGUGUUGUUCGCUGGUAGAUGAAUAUUACAAGUAUAUCUUUUCA